UUGCCGCUAACGGAGCUGGCUAGCUGAAGGGCUCGGAAUUCUGUUGUCGGUGACACAAAUCCAAGUCCAUCUGUGGUUGUAAACAGACUGGACGACGCAUUAUUGAGGCGGCGAGCCCUUAGUCGAGAGUCUAUAUGCUAAAUAUGUGGAAAGUCCGAGAACUGGUGGAUAAAGCCACUAAUGUGGUGAUGAACUACUCUGAGAUCGAGUCCAAGGUGCGAGAGGCCACCAACGAUGACUCCUGGGGUCCCUCUGGACAGCUCAUGGGAGAGAUCGCCAAAUCCACGUUCAUGUACGAGCAGUUCCCCGAGGUCAUGAACAUGCUGUGGACCAGAAUGCUGAAAGACAACAAGAAAAACUGGAGGAGAGUUUACAAGGCCUUACUACUACUUGCAUACCUCAUCAGGAACGGAUCGGAGCGAGUUGUCACCAGUGCGAGGGAACACAUCUACGACCUUCGCUCCUUGGAAAACUACCAUUUUGUCGAUGAGAGUGGGAAGGACCAGGGCAUCAACGUGCGUCAGAAGGUGAAGGAGAUGGUGGAGUUUGUCCAGGAUGACGACCGGCUCCGGGAGGAGAGGAAGAAAGCCAAGAAGAACAAGGACAAGUACAUCGGCGUGUCCUCGGACAGCACUGGAGGAGGAUUCGGCAAGACCAGCCCGGGCGAAAUGUUUGACUCGGAGCCCAAAGGGAAGUGGGAUGAGGACUGGGACAAGAGCAAAGGAGCCUUCCCCUUCAGCGAGAAGCUGGGAGAGAUCAGCGACAAGAUCGGCAGCACCAUCGACGACACCAUUAACAAGUUCCGCAAGAAGGAGAGGGAUGACUCGCCCGACAGAAUCAGUGACAACGAGGAGGACAGGGUAUCGCGGAACGGCCGGCCGUUGUCGGGGUCAGGGAGUCUGUCGGGGGUGGAGUUCAAAGACGAGGAGGAGACUGUUACGACCAAGAGCAUCCAGAUCACCCAGGCAACAGAGACCACCACCACCACCACACGCAAACGGGGCGGCGUCCCGUCCAAAACCGUGGACCUGGGGGCCGCCGCCCACUACACAGGGGACAGGAGCAGUCUGGACGCAGACGACGCAAAGACGUCGGUCAGCCAGACUUCAAGCAGUGGCCUUGCAGACCUUCUGAUGGUGGACUCUGGGUCCAGUCAGGCGGCACCAGCAGGUGGAAGUUCAGACCUCAUCGGUGGCUUUGCUGACUUCUCCUCCCCAGCUGCCUCAGCCAGUCUCCCUUCAUCAGCCGGGCCAGGGUCCAAUGGGAACGGUGAGUUUGGGGACUGGAAUGCGUUCUCCAGUCCUCCGGCCACCACCACUCCGUCUCAGCCAAUCACACACCUGUUUGGUAGCAUCCAGCCUCCCCCAGCCUCGGCCCCCACCCCGCCAUCAGCUGAGCUCUUUGACCUAAUGGGCUCCAAUCGUACCUCCCUCAGCGCCUCCCAAAGCAUGACCUUCUCCAUGUGUGGUACCCAGAGUGUGGGCGCCGCCAACACCGGCCUGCCCAUCUCCAGAUCACAGAACUUUGGGCCAAUGCAGGGGGGCUUAUUGCCGCAGCACAUGGGACUCCAGAAGCCCUCCCUCCCCCCCACAUGGUCGGACCCCAGCGUCAACAUCAGCCUGGACUUCCUGUCUCCUGGUAUGCAGUCGGCCAACUGUAAGCCAAGCCUCAAUAUGUUACAGCAAGAUCCCCUGCUUCCAGGAGUCCAGUCACCCAUCAACCUGGCUCAGAGUUUUGGAGGCCUGAAUAUGAACAUCCAGCCCACAGCCACACCCAUCAGACCUCCGAUCAACCCCAUGAUGCCCGCCAGGGCCAUAGGCCUGGGCAUGCCUCCCACCAUGGCAACGGGUACCAUGGGGAUGGGCGCUGUGGGAAUGGGAGGAAUGCCUGUCAAUCAGGGAAUCAUGGGAAUGAACCUGGGCGUGGCCCCCUCAGGCAUGGGCCUGCAAGGCACCCUGGGUAUGCCAGGAAUGGGCAUGGGGCAGCCCAUGGUCAACACUGCCAUGAUGCAACCCAAACAAGAUGCCUUCGCAAACUUCGUCAACUUCGGGAAAUGAGAGUGCUGAAGGAUUUGUGUGGAAGAGUAUGUCAGAAUACACAAUUUUGAAGGAAAAGCUCAUACUUGAAAAAUAUCUGAUGGUGUUACCCUUCAAUCCCUACUUUUUAUAUAUACAGGUAACUGCCAAAAUAAUGGAAACACUUAAAGUAAAUAGUAAAUAUUGAAAGCAGGUGUGGUUCCUGAUUUUAAUUAAGCAAUUAAUAUCCCAUCAUGCUUAGGGUCAUGUAUACAAAUGCUGGGCAAGCCAUUAUUUUGGCUACCAUGGCUAUGCACCCGUAGGAUGACAAUACCCUCAUCCACAGGGCGUGAGUGGUCACAGAAUUGUUUGCUGAGCAUAAAAACGAUGUGAACUUUAUGCCAUUGCCGAGUCACCAGAUCUCCACCCAAUGUAACACUUAUGAGAGAUUCUGGAGCGGUGCCUGAGUCUGUUUUCCACCACCAUCAACAAAAUACCAAGUGAUGGAAUUUCUUGUGUAAGCAUAGUGUCACAUCCCUCCA